AUGAAACCACUAAAGGGUUCCUAUCAGAGCAGGUUAGGAGGAGUAGAACUGGGCGGGAUUAUCCUGACCCUGAUGAUCUCCCUCUCUCAAGCUUACAUGUUUACUCCACCAGACAAGAAAAGCUUGAACUGUGAAGAUUUCUGUGUUUCUACCGGAUUCCAGGGCAAGGUUGGACUAUGUAGAUGUGGGUAUAAUCUGUUUAGUAAACGAAGUGACCCAAGCUUGCUACACUCUCUCAUGACAAGGUCCGCGUCUUCUCCGGAUCCUGUACUGUCCGGACUAACGACCAAGGAGAUCAUUGAUGCUCUGAGUGUUCUGGACAGGAUAGGUCUGCAUCCUCAACAGAAGGAACUGGAGACAAUCCAGCCAAAAGAGUUAAAAGUGAUUUUAUGGUUGUUAAAAACUCUAGAAGCUGAUGAUGAUUAUGAAGAGGCGCUACAAAUCUAAUCCUAGAAUAAUCUUUAAACCCUUCAGGUGAAUGAUGAAUACACGGAGAUGGAUAGAUAAAUAUGGAGAACUCAACUCCUCCUGUUUUUAAAUAUAAUGAAAUAUAUUUCUCUUUCUCUCA